AACAUGAUUUCAUAUUUAGCUGGAAGACUUUAAGGUUUUCCCCUAACAGCUGAUGUUUGUUUACAGUGUGACGAAGGCAACUUAACAGCUGAUCUUUGUUGACAUUAUUGUGACGAUGGAAGAAUAAAGACCACCCCACAUGAGGCCGAAUAAACCCAAGGGGAAAUUACCUGAUCGCAGAGAGAGUGAGAGAAAACCUGCAGGAUGACGUGGGUCUUGUGAUUACCUACGACGAGGGGGCAGAGACGUGUGCUCAGACGCAGGCGGAGGGAAGGACGUGGGCGAAACAGGAGCAAGAGGAAACGCAGGACGUGUGGAAAAGAAAGGAAAGGACGUUUAUAUAUAUAUAUAGCCAUAAGACGUGUGAAAGGAAGAGGAGGAAGACGUGUUUCAGGACGUGGUAACAGGACGUGAGGAAACAAGAUGCCAAGACCAUCAUACGCCAGGGCAAGGGCCAAGCGUUACCCGCCGACCAAGUGGGGAAAAGUAACGUUAUGGGCCUUUAUCCUGCUGGCUGUAUCUACUUUCACCAUUAUCACCACCUCAGGUAUCGACUACCAGAGGAUCAGUGGCCUAAACUGGAUACUAAAUCAAGAUAAAUCCCAGAGUGAAAACGUACAGUUCCAGCAGGACUACCCGGCCAACAUGGAGUGGGAGGAGGUGCAGCAGAGGCGGGUCCAGCACAUGCUUCACGCCUGCUCCUCCCUCAACCUCAACCAGACGCUCGACUACAUGGUCCUUAAACACCUACUGGUCGACACGAGACAUAAGACCCUCAUGUGCUUCGUCCCCAAGGUGGCGUGCACGUCGUGGAAGAGGCUGUGGUUCUGGAUGGUGGGCCUUCUACAGGAUGACGACGACAUCAUGGACCUGACAAGAGCUCAAGUCCACGGGCCUCUCCUCCCUAACUUGGCCAACACCAUGUUUCCAGAAGCUAAGAAAGAGGAGAUACUGAGAACAUACAAGAAAUUCCUGUUCACACGUCACCCGCUGGACAGACUCAUCUCAGCCUUCAGUGACAAGCUGGAGAACUCAGACAGAGAGAGCAAGUUCGACUUUCAUAAAUACGUGGGCCAGGAGGUGGAGAUGAUGGUGAGAGGCAAGGUGACAGGUCUAGGACACAACGUGACCUUCCCGGAGUUCAUUAAAUGGGUGACGCCCCCCAACGGCACAUGGACGGAGGCUCAGAAGAACGAGCAUUGGAGACCCAUAUCAGAGUUGUGUGCCCCCUGUACCGUCCAGUACAACGCAGUGGGGAGGUACGAGAACCUGGAGCAGGAGAUGAACGCCACCUUACACUGGCUGGAUGUGGGCCACUACGCCAGGAGGUUCCCGCCUCCUGACCGAACCUUCCACGCCGCCGAGCGACGCCACCAAUACUUGCAACACCUCGCUUCCGACGACAAGCUACGCUUCCUCAGGACAUAUCUCCUCGACUUUUUGCUCUUUGGAUACGACAUGCCUUAAUCCUUAACGUGAUCUUCUUACAAUUCCCUAUGCAUAAAUAUUACUUGAUCGUCUUUGUCAUAACUUGAUCGUCUUUGUCAUAACUUGAUCGUCUUUUGUUGCAUUUUGUCAUACUUGACCGUCCUAUCUUUUCUAAUAUAUAU